UCUGGGCGGCGCAGCGGCAUCAGGAGCAAGGAGGAGGAGACGCGCGGUUACUCAGGAGCUGUCUCACCGUCUGUCUCACCGUCUGUCUGUCUGCCUGGGUUUGUUUAUUCCCCUCACGCUGCUCCACAAUGUCGGGAUUCGAUAGCAACCCCUUCGCGGACCCGGUGGACGUGAACCCCUUCCAGGAUGCCUCAGUCACACAAGCCACCAGCGGGGCCACUGAAACCACCGGGGAGUUCAACCCCUUCUCUGCAAAUGACAUGGGAAAUCACACUGGCACGACCAUCCCCAUCUCUUCUGGCUCCACUCAACCUGCCAUACUACAGACCUCAGUGGAGCAGAGCGCACAAGCAGCUGUGACGGCUGCUGCCCAGGCGAGCCUGGUCAAACAGCAGGAGGAGCUGGAGAAGAAGGCGGCUGAGCUGGAGCGGAAGGAGAAGGACCUACAGAACAGGACGGCAGGCAGAACCAACACUGGCACUAAAGAGAACAACUGGCCGCCUCUGCCCAGUUUCUCCCCGGUGAAGCCCUGCUUCUAUCAGGACUUUGAUGAGGAUAUCCCUGAGGAGUACCACAGGAUCUGCAAGAGGAUGUACUACCUCUGGAUGUUCCACUGCGCCACUCUCUUCCUCAACGUGCUGGCCUGCCUGGCGUACUUCACUGUAGAUGCUCAGAACGGUGUGGACUUCGGUCUGUCCAUCCUCUGGUUCCUCCUCUUCAGCCCGGUGUCCUUCGUCUGCUGGUACAGGCCGGUCUACAGAGCCUUCAGGUCUGACAGCUCCUUCAGCUUCUUCUUCUUCUUCUUCGUCUUCUUCUUCCAAGUGGCGGUGUACAUCAUCCAAACUGUGGGGAUCCCCCGGUGGGGAAACAGUGGAUGGAUCACAGCAAUCAGCAUGAUCGGCUCCAAUUUGGCUGUGGCCGUGGUUAUGAUGGUGGUCGCUGGUUUCUUCACUGUAAACUCUGUCCUGGGUAUCAUCUUAUUGAAAAUGGUCCACUCUAAGUACAGACGGACAGGAGCCAGCUUCACCAAGGCUCAGCAGGAGUUCUCCCAAGGAGUCCUGACCAACAGAAACAUCCAGACGGCUGCAGCCGGUGCUGCCGCCUCUGCUGCACAGGGAGCCUUUGGCUCUGCGUAGUCUCUUAUCUGACUAAUGUACCGGACUAGCCAUGUCCCAGCAUUCCUCAGUGGGUAAAUGUGAUAGGGGGUUUAUUAUUUAAUGAAAAUGCUAAUGAGGGUGUCCACUUUCUCCACGUGCAAACUUUUAAAGACACUGUGGAUAAUAAAGAGGAGAAGUGAGAGGUUUUGCACAUGCAUGUAGUGUUACUGAAGUUUCUACCACCCUGAUCAGUACAUUACAUGUUCAAACUUCAUGCUAUCAAAGUUCUGUUUAUUCAGGGAGAAGAAUGUAACUCCUGGAAUCCAUAUAACAAAUCAGACUAAUCAUACAUCGUUUAGUGUUUAGUGUAAAGUACAAUUAUUUAAAUCCGGUGACUGUUAAAGACACCGGUGAGAUGUGGAUUCAUGAGGAUUUUUUCCCCCCCAAAUUGAUCCUUUUGAAAUAAGUUACUGAGGCAUCAAAAAUAAACACAGCACAUAAGGUUUGGAUAUUUUAAAAUGUAUAUUUGACAUGAAAAUGUUUUAGCAUCAGUGAUUGAUGGUUACACAAAAUAUAUGUAUACCUGUUGUUGUCAUCACAACAUCAUGCAGUGCCUUAGAGGGUAACUAGUUUAUCACCACCUUAUUUUACUCAACUAAACUUGUAAUAUUCUCACUACUCCUACACUGGCUGCCUUAAAAAAUGAGAGUGUUACAUGUUCCACUACUGAUGAACACAGAACUUUUUGAAUGUGUAUAAUGUUGUAUUGGAUCAGCUUGUGAUUAACGAAGGUGACGGGGAUGAAGGUUUUUCUUACUUCUGUUUCGAUCUGUUAAUUGGUUUAGAUGAAGUGAGACAAAAAGCUCCUCUGGGUGUAAAUGAAGAAGCUGUUUAACUGGAAUCACACGUUUUUAAUUCAUGCUGAGUUGUUAAAAACGACUUCAUCUUUUUUAUUUUUUUUCGUCAUAGAAUAAUGCUGUGAUUCAUAUGAGAGACAUGGUACAAGUUUAUUAAUUUAAAGUUACUAGCAUAGUAUAGAAAUUAGUGUUAACUUUUAAAAAAAGCACAUUAAUGAGCAGAAAGAGUACAAAUCCAUCAUCCAUUGUUUUGGCAAACAAAGGUCAUGUGUUACUGAAUAGUCACAGAUUGUAUUAGUUACAGUAACAGUGAAUCACUUAGUUUAGGUGUGACCUCAGGGCCUUUACGCAGAAGUAACCUACCGAUAUGUGUGUUGGGAUUUCAGGCGUGUCAGUGUCGUUGUCUGAUUUUGUUGGUCUUUUAUUGUACGGUGAGGUUUCCCCUUCGUGAUCAGAUUGUGUAAUAAUGUGUGUUGUACAUAUCGGUGACUUAUUUAAAACUAAUUACCUGGAGAUGUAAUUGUUGGAAAUGGGUUCUCAGCCUUAACAUUUAAUAAACUGUGUUUUUUCUCUC